AUGCGGUCUGAGUCAUCUAGCAGCUUAAACUCAUCCAUAUCGGGGCCGGGCUCAAGCGUGUUCAGCAGUCCCUCUUCUGCCGCGAGCACCGCAGCAACGACUGUGGUCGAUGAUGACGACUACGAUGUGAUCCAGAACCUAUACAUUCGGAGAGACGCGAGCAUGGAGCCCAGUAUCCGAGCGGCGUACGAGUCGAUCCUGGUGCCGUUGAUCAAUCAAGAGCUAGUCCACUCCGCGUAUGCCGAAAGAUAUAGCAUUGCGCUGUGUUCGGUCGGAUUCCAAACGUCGGCCUUUGCCCCCGCGAUUCUGAUAUCCACCCGCACGCCGAAGGCGAAGAAGAAAAUCUUUGCUCACCUAGCCCGUCUUGAAGACCUGGGGCUCGCUCUCAAAGAGCACAAUCUUGCCCUGCAUGUCGUUGUUCACCGAUUUCGCACCGCCGGCGGAGAAACCGCUUCCCUUGGCGACGUUGGGAUGCUUGCAUACGCCGUGCCCCGUGUGGACUCGAAUGCGCUGUGUGGAUCCAGGAUUGUUAUACCCAAGUUAGAUCGAGGAGAACUGUCAUGCUGCACCAGUGGUCUCACGUUUAACGUCGGUGGCCGGGCGUGCGGGAAGACAGCACUGCAUCCUUGGGAAGACAUCGAUGAUGCUGUGUCCGAAGUCGACUCAGAAUCGAGUGGGAGCGAUGAGGAAGACGAUGAAACGGACGACGGUCUUGCGUUGUCUUUGGUCCCUGACAACCCAGGCUUCUCAGAUGAAUCAGACGAUAGCAGUGCGUUGUUCAUGCACUGCGGCCGAGAUGGCUUUAUCCAUUUUCCUCAGACACGCCAGCUUGCGAACAAUGCCACCGAAACACCACAGAUUGUACAGGCGAGCGUCAAAUCCACGCGCUGUGGGCCCAACAGAGUCUUGCCCCUCUAUCACGGUCCACAAACAGACUGGGUUCUCUACGAUGCUCAAUCAGCUGCUCCAGAGAUUCCACUCAGCGACCUUGUGAGAAAUGAAGUCGCCGGUCACCAGAUUACAAAGUUCCAUCACGAAGACCCUGAUGCCAGAGUGGCCGUUGCCGUUGCCGACCAUGAAGCGGUCGUCCAUGGUGUCAUUCAGCCUGGCUCGGUCUGCCUCCGAUAUGGAUCAAGGACCUAUGAUCUGCGACGAGUGACACUUGAACGCCCUCUCAGAUCGGGUUGUUCUGGUGCAGCAGUCGCACAUCGAGACGAGCUCUGCGGGACAAUCCUGGCCGUCUCAGAGGAGGUGCCGUGGGCCUACAUGGUGCCCAUCGAGGCGGAGCUGAAGGAGAUGGAGGCCGUUUGCGGAUUACCUGUCCGACUUUCUGGCGCCCAGGAGGCACAACUUGUGGAACUGGGUUCCCUGGAACUCACUGUAUCAACCCGGCCACGGGGAAUCGCCACUGUCCCUUCCUCGAACACGAGACCCCCUGAAACCUUCGAAGUCAUCCUUGAAGGUCAAAUCAACCACAACCUAGGAGCUUUCCUUCCGAGGUUUAGCUAUGAGGCGCGGCCCAGGGGAGGCGUUGCUGUUGACCUUGAUUUCGAGAUUGAGAAAGAUUUCGGCUCUAUUAUUUACUCGGAACCAUCCUGGCUGUCGGAAGCGGAUGGUGCUCUCGGUAUGCUGCAGGCCACCAUUGCAGAUGUAGAAGGGCGAUAUAUGGGAGUCCUUCAAAGCGCAGCUUCGAUCGGCCAGUCACCGUCUUGGGCCGUCUUUCCGUUUUCUGGUUCUUCGCGAAUGGGCACCGUCUUCCAGGACUUCACCAAGAGUCUCUUAUUGACUGGCCCCCAGACGUCGGAAAUGCAGCCUCCUUCGAAGCCUUCACUGAGUACCGAGCCGAUACAACCCAGUCGCGAAAGUUCUGGCUGGGACCAGGAUCGCCGAGACUGCGAGGAGGGUCCGUGGACAUGCAGAUGGCGACCAUUUGCUACCUCGACAAUAUGUUCCGACGAUAGCAUCACUGCCGCUAGCCUUGAUACCUCAACUGUCACGACACCAAGUGCCAGUACGCACUCUGCCCGAAAAGCCGAGUCCUUCUCCAGAUGUCCUCACCACCAUCUACUGUCGGCAUUCGUUAGCCUCGCACAGACGUUGAGAAUGAUACAAUUGUUGAGUCCAUCGUCCAGUCAAUAUGAAGACAGCCAUCGUGACAUCAAACCGGCCAACAUUCUUGUGGCUGAAGAGGUAGUCAAGCUUGCUGAUAUAGGCCCCUCUCACUUCAGGCGACAAGUGGAUCGCUGCAAGAGUACAGAUUACUCAUGCGAAGGAACAGCCAGCACAUCAUCUUUCGCAGCAAGAUCCUCGGCACGGCUGUUCCACGACAAAGAGUUGCACGACAUUUUCCCGCCCUGGAUCGACAACGACAGCGAUGACUGUGUUCUGGGAAUGCUGCCCGACUGCCCUUGGGAAAGGUUCUUUAUAGGAUGCGAAAUGUGUCGUUGCCGUUGGAGUGAACCACCGUGGAGGUCUAUCCUGCAACGAUUACUGGCCGCGUCUGUCAAAUUCAAAGGGCACGAGGCAAGUCGGAUGCAGAAAGGAAGACGUCGAGACGACAAGGUCUUCGCCUGGCUGCAAGGCGUCGAGGAUGGCGUGUGUCCGAAAGACGCGGAUGAUGAAUCAUGCGUCGCUUGA